AUUCGCGGGUGUCAGCAAAAAGUUUAGCGGGUUGUUUUAUUUCAAUGUUUACAAAAGUUAUCAGAUUUCUUCUCAUUCAGAAUAAAAAAUCGAAUUCUAAGAAAAAUGUGGAGUUGUAAUAAAAUAUGAUACUAUAUAUAAAACAAAACAAUGAAUCCCAAUAAGAAAGAUAAUAGUGGUUGGAUUUUAUGUCCAUCGAAAAGUUUUCCAGGCAAAUUCUAUUAUUUUAAUGUUACAAAUGGUGAGACCGCGUGGAGUUUGAACGAUACUGAUAAAAAAAAUGUAAGAAAGGACCAUAAUAUAGAAAAUAUAUCAGAUAAAUCCCAUAAUUAUCCAGAACCAAAAAGUCCUCCAGCAGAUUAUCAAAUACCUACUAGUUCACAUGUGAAUUAUAUGAACUAUCAAUAUCCCCCACAAAAGCCUGUAAACCUAACGCAACCAACCCCAGUAUUUGGCCAAGUUAUCUUCCCCAAAUAUAUUACAGAAUCAGGUCCAUAUAUGCAAAAUGUUAUAUGGACUCCUAUUCAACUUUCAACUCCAGUACUUGUAACCAGUACACCAAUAAAACAAACAGUAAAUCAAAAAACACAAACAUUUGCAGAAGAAAACCAUGCACAUGUUCCACAGACCUGUGGUAUUCCUUUGUUUAAAAGGUUUAAGAACUUUGAAACACCCCUUCUAAGUUUUAAUGAUGAAAAUAAAAUAAAGGAGACAAAUAACUUAUUAAGCAACUUGACGAAUGUAUCAAAUACUAAAAUUGACAACCAAAUCACAAUUACUCAAGUAGUUGAACCAACAACCCCAGUACAAACGAAUAAUAAUAAUGUAACAUUUAGAACUUUAUUAGCAUUAGCUCAUGAAAAAAAAAAAUUUCAAAGUGACUCAGAAUCAAGGAAUGAAAUAAAUCAAGUACCUAUGAAAACUGAUACUUCAAUAUCAGUUCUGAAAACAUCACCUGUAAGAUCAGGUGAUAAAGUUGAGGAUGAUGUUGAGAAAAAUAUUGUAAAAUUGGAUGCUUUAGACAAAACUGAUUUGAGAUUUUUGCUGGUGGCAAAAAGAAGGAAAUCUAUAGAUUUGGGUAAUCUCUCUAUGGAUACAGAAGAGGAAAUCGCAAAACCAAUUGGGAAGAAGAGAGUCAGUUUUGAUCUGACGACUCGAGACGAUUUUAGCAGUGAAGAUGUAUAUUAUAUCGAUAAUGAAGGGAAUGUAAACAACACCUAUGAAGAGGAACUGAACACUCUGAAAAUCUUAAAGAACUUGGCUCCAUCGCAUCUACAAUCUGACAUCUGGUAUAUUGUAGUGGACGCUGAGAUACUGUUGGAGGAGUUAGCAUUUAUAGACAGUUUUGUUAAAUUAGAUUCGAGUUGCCGGCUCCUGGUUCCCCGUAGCGUUAUGGAGGUGAUGGUGGCAGCAGGGCGCGGUGAGGACGGCGGGCGGCGAAUAGUGGUUGCGCGCCAUAUAGUCCGCAAACUGACCGCAUCGCCCCCACAUAUCGUCGUUCAGGAAUUAGAAACCAGUGAGACGGCCAAAAAUAUGUCUGCGAUAGAUAGAAUUUUGAAUUGUUGCCUGAAGAAGUCUAGACAAAAUUACCAUGUGGUACUACUAACAAAUGAUGCAAAAUUAUAUACAAAAGCAGAAUCUUUACACCUACAUUGUUACAAACUGGACGAAAUCAAACAUGGCGUCCAACCGCAAGUGACGUUUGAACCGGAAAAGCUACACGUCAGUGUAAAAAACGAUAAUGAAAACCUGUUUUUGCAAAGUGCAAAUGAUUUGAACCCUUUUUUAUUGAGCAAAACCAUCGAUUUUACAGUUAAUGUAUCCAGGAAACCGUUAUUUGAUAAGUCCCAGGUACAAAUAGUCAAGCAUAUGGCGGAUGCUAAUACGUCUCCGAUAAAAUUUGACCAAAUUAAAAAUACAGAUCUUGAAGGUAUAUCUGUACAAAAUAAAAUAUGCGAGGUCGACCAUGAACGUGAUAGUCGAAUUUGUCCGGAUAUUAAUGCAGACUUAAAAAAUAUGUUUAGAAAAAGUGUAACAAUUAAAAAAUAUGAUUACAACUCAGAUAGACAAAUUGAAAAUCAAAUAGACUCAUUCGAAUCACAUAAUCAAAAUUCUGGAAAAGAAUUACCGCCAAAUAAAUUACAAAAUAUAUUAAUUAACUUUCCAAAUACCAUAGAACAAAGAUGUCAAAAUGUUUUUGACAAUUCAAAUCAAUUAGGCCGCGAAAAUUGUACAUUCGAAAUUCAAAAUCAAUUUGAUAAAGAGAAUUUGUCGCAUACUAGAAAAGAGAAUGGAUACAAAAACAUGCCAGUAUUAGAUGAGAGUCAAAAAAUUGAUCCUGAGGCUUCUUUAGAUGAUAUUUUGAAGAGUUUCAAUGUGAUAAAUAAAGACAUGGAGGAUACAAUCAAGUUUAAAAUUGAUGAAUUGUUUUGUUCAUACUCACAAAUUAUGGAAGAUGCAUUGACUAUUUUAUUACAGAGAUGCGGGGACUCAAACUCCCUACCGUUAAGUCCGCCAUGGACACUCCAGGAAGCAACGGUUUGCAUUAAAGAAGUUUGCAAAGACCAGAAUACGGUAGUGGUUGUAGACAAAUUAUUAAUAAUGUUGCACAGUAGUUCUGAAAACGGUAAACUGGACUCAAAUAUGCAGGCGAAUGACUUUAUGCAAAUUACAGGAUGUUCUGUAAUAUUGUUAGAGAGCUUACAGGCGGUUUAUCCAGAUUGUGAAGCACUUUCGGAAGCGGAACAAUUACUUAUAAAUUUGAUACACAACAUCCAAAAGCCUCCGUCACUCGACCAAAAAGAUUUGGUACCACAUUCAGUCCCCAGCCAUAAUUUAGAAGAAGAGACUGUAACACCAAGAAAAUGUUUUGUAAAAGAACCAUCGAAGGUUCUGCAGUACCUGCAGAAACAUUUCCCGCAGUGGAAGACAAAUGUCGAGGUAAAAGAAACACCGAAAGAAGAAAGCUACACGAUUAACAACGAUACAAAAAUAGUGCGUACAUUCGGGAGAAAUUUAAAAAAUUUAACUAUUAAUAACACGAAAUCUCUGUCACUUGCCCAACCGGGCAUAGACGAUGCAUAUACAGGUACUAGGACAAACGAAACAAAAGUAAAAUGCCAAAUAAAUGACGUCAUAAUAAUCAGUAAUGAAACUAAACUUCCACAACAAGUAGACAGUACAGACAAUAACAAUUUUACAAAACUUGACGAGUCAAAUUAUACAAGACAAUUAGAAUGUGCAAAUGUAGAUAAAGAACAUGAUGUUAGUGAAAGAGAUGAUGUUUAUUUUAAUACAGCCGUGCACGGUGACACUUCAAAUGACGUUCUAAAUAAUGGACCUAAAGUAAUAAAAAAUAUAAGACUAAUUGAUGCAUUCGAGGAGAAGUCGAAAAUUCUGUGUAACCUAGAAGCGUUGGAUUAUAACACAUUACCAUUAUCCAGUAUAAGAAAUGAAAGUUUCAGCAUUGCAAAUAAUGUAAACGUAAUUGACGAUGAUGACAUAAAUAAGGUUACAAUAAAUAAUACUGAUUCUGUUGUAUUGAAUAAUGACAAUGAUUAUACUGCGAAUAAUAAAUCCGCAAUUGGAGGCUCGGAUACGAACAGAGACGAUUGCACAAACGAUAGUGGUUUCGAGAGUGAGAGUAUGCAGGCUUAUUCAUUGUUGAAAAUAUUUCUAAUCGAAUUAAGCGGUUCUUUGAAAUCAAUUUAUAAAUUUAUAGAUGACAAUAUAGCAGAAUUUAAAUAUGAUGAAAACAUUCAAGACGAGAAAAAACGGCAUCUCCACAACAAAGCGUCACUCACGCACUGCCACCUUGCGAAUAUCAUCGAUAAGUUGAAAGGUAUAAUUCAAAGAGAAUCCAAAGAAAGCAGUGAAUUAAAAGAACUACUUAUCAAAGCCGGAAUACAAGCAUCUACUGACAAACGAAUGACGAGAUACAGACAAGUGGUAACAAAAUGUUUGGAGCAAGCACAAAUGUUGGAGAAUGCUCUAAAGAUGAUGCUAGCGUUGACUGAUGACGACGACGCAUCAAUAAGCACAGUGUCGCUGCAGACUAUUAAAUAUUACAAUUUAUUUGAGAAUUAAGUAUACUAUAUAGAGUAUAAAUUUAUAUGUUUCUCCGUACGUAAGCAUACAUAUAAUUUAUAUCUUAGAAGUGAUUUUAUCUAAAGAGAAACACUACUUCCUUGAUAAUGUUCCUGAUAAUGUUAUCGUGAAAAAGGUCUCGGUUGAAAUAGAUUGACAAAAAAUGGAAGAUUCUUAAUUGACAUAAAUUUUCUAUAUUUUAAUUUAGAUAUUGUUAUGUACCUAUAUUAGGUAAAUUAUAUGUUAUUGUACAAUGACACCGUAGCGUAUUCGGCACUUUGUAUUGCAUGAGGUCGGUCGGUUUGAUACUCAGGUGUUUAAGAAAUUUCUGAAUUGGCUCGACCUUAGCGUAAUAGCUUAUGUAGGUAAAUUAGAUGUACCUUGUCUAUCUCAUAGUAUCUCAUGAUACAGGGUAAUUAAUUAAAAAUUAAGUAAUUGGUGCUAUUGUUUAAGUAGUCGAAACCAAAGAUAGAGUAUCUGUACUAACAUUAUUAAAAAAUGUGGUUAGAUAAAAGUCAAAGAAGGUUGUACCGAUUUAUAUAUCACGCCAGUUUUAUGAUACACCGGUCAAGAGUAUUGGGCGUUUAUGUAAUAAUACUAGAACUGAGACCCGGCUUCGCAUGGGUAAAUUUUUUUCGACAAUAAAUUAUAAGUGUUCAUUGUUAUCGUGGCCAUAGAAUUGCUUCAAGGUGUUGAAUUUAGUGAAGCACCCUGAUACUUUUUAAAGUACAAAAGUUUGUUAUUAGGCAGUCACUUAAUUAUUGCUAGGUGGGUAUACGUGCUAAGAAAAU